ACUGCCUUGGCACUUGACACUAAGAAGCAAGCAAAGCCCCCACAACACUAAUAGGCAAACGUUCACUCAAAAGCCUCUUUCUCGUCCCUUUUCCUGUUUCCAAGUUCCAAAGAAGACAGUCUAGUUUUGCCUGGUAGUAGUAAUGGCAAUGGCUAAGCUUGCCUGUCUCCUGCUUCUUACUAUCCUUGCCAUUUCCAUGGUUGCAACCCAGGUCAUGGCAAAUGAUUCCCAGUACCACCUUGACAGUGGCAAUUACGGACCAGGAAGUCUGAAGAGCUACCAAUGCCCGUCGCAAUGCACGAGGAGAUGUAGCCAGACACAGUAUCACAAACCCUGCAUGUUCUUCUGCCAGAAAUGCUGUGCGAAGUGCCUAUGCGUUCCUCCUGGGUACUACGGGAACAAAAGUGUGUGCCCUUGCUACAACAACUGGAAGACCAAACGUGGAGGACCCAAAUGCCCUUAGGAUCAAUUCUUUCAUUCCUUUUUUUCUCUAUUUGGGCGCUGUUGGAAAUUCGCACUAAUAUUUAUGUUAUGAUGUGUUGUUACUAGUUUCUGGUGACUGUUUCUCCAUGCUCAUUGUUAAUUUCCUUGCAAUUAGAAUUUUAAUUUUCAUGCC